CAUUCAGUACGUGGGGAGUACAAACUUUUGCACGAGAUUUUAAGUACUCCAGUACAGGAGGUGGCGCUGUUAGCGGGGGGGUGCAUUCUGUAAUUCUUGACGAAAACAACAGGAAAGGAACAGGAGCGCACUUUUGUCGCUUAUUCAGAGGAUUUGGGCUGCGAUCUGACUUUUGUUUUCUAUUUUAAAAGAUGGUGAACGUGUUAAAAGGAGUUCUUGUGGAAUGCGAUCCUGCCAUGAAGCAGUUCCUCCUGUACCUGGAUGAGACCUCGGCUCUGGGGAAGAAGUUCAUCAUUCAGGACCUGGAUGAUACACACGUUUUUAUUUUGGCUGAAGUUGUACACAUACUGCAGGAGAAAGUUGGGGAGCUUAUGGACCAGAACUCUUUCCCCAUCACCCAGAAAUAAACUUCACACGCUUUACAUUGCUCUUUUCUUCUCGGCAAUCCCGCUGAAAUCCUGAUUUCUCACGAACACAUCCAGAUGAAGCUAACAAAAUAUAUGAGGGUUCAUUUUUCUGUGAAACAUCCUGAUUUAACUCCUCAAUGCAGCUUUAAGUGCGUGUAGAUUGUCUGGGUUUGAAUUUGUUUAUCAUUAUUUAAUUCAAUUCAUGGGUCCAUGGAUGUGCUUCUCGCAGACCUUCUCACUUUUAUCAUGGUAAAUGUUACCGUAUUCAGGUACAGAAAGUGCUUUUGUGUUUUCAUAUUGUAAAGAUCUGAGAAAUAAACUGAAAAAAGUA